CGUGUGCAAGGAGACAGAGCGCGGCAACGACGGGUCCGACAGAGAGAGCCAUGACAACCCCGGAUCCUGGACCGCAGACGCUAGGAAACUUUAUGUUAUACUACAAUGACGACGGGCACGAGGCUGCGUGCUGAGCAUGGUACAAGCCAAGUCUGUCUGCGGCAUGCCAAUCAGCCGAUAGCACAGUGAUAGUGGACACGAACGCCAGGUCCAUUUGGGGGCUUCUCCUGUAACGGCUCUGCAGGAGCUUGGGACUCGCAUCAUCUUCAACCGAGCGCAUGUCCAUGCAUCAUGGGCACCGACCGGCUCUGCCUCCGCAUCGUCGGUUCACGCAGCGACGGGCAUGCUCCAGCGGCGGGCAUGCUCCAGCCACAAGGCUAUGAGGUGACCGACACAAGCCGAGUUAUGCCCGUGAGCUCUGCAGAUCUCUCUCAAGAUUGCCGGUUGGACAUGAUGGAGUGGUGUGCUUCAUCGUCUACGACGACAGGAAGGACGUUGCGUGUUUUGGAUCCAGUCGAUGCCUCGAUAGGUCCGUCCUGUGAUUCGAUCAAUAUAACAUGGACGUACUGGUCUACCAGUCGCACGGACAGCGGGAGCCACAGGCCUCCCGCGACCUUGACCAAGUUGUAUUCACUCCUACUGCCAAACUUUAUUGUGCAGGACCCGUCUAUUAUGGUAUCCACUUCCCGGUAUCUGGGUGCAACUGGAGCCGUGCUCAAGAUCCAACAGGUGCCAGGGAUCUAGUAACACAGUGAGGCAGCUAUUGGCAGAGAAGACGGUGACAAAGCGUCCCUGAGAAUAGCUGUGUCAAAGACACAGAGUUUUCCCACGUUU